CCCCCUUCCUUUCCUUUGCCUCUUGCUCUCGUCGUCUCUGCUUGCCGCUGUUCUGCUGUCCCAGUCUUUUGUCUGGCCCUCAUUAGACAAGUUUUCUGAUACAAGACCGCUUGCUUCACUCAUUAUAAUGCGAACGUCAGCCGCUCUCGCGAUCGGCUUCGCGCCCUUUGCAAUCGCGCAGACAUACCAGAUUUGGGACGUUUGGCAGACCACAUGGGACCGUACGAACCUCUACACGAACAUCUCACCCAGCAGCCCCAUCAACUUCGGUUCUCCCGGCGCCAUCGGUUCUGCGGAUAUUGAAGUGGACGACACACAGACAUUUCAGUCGGUUUGGGGCUUUGGAGGAUCAUUGACUGAUUCGUCGGCGCAGUUGUUCAAUCAACUCAAGAGCACGAGUUCGAGCAACUAUAAUGCGUUGUUGGAAGCCAUGUUCGACCGUACGGAUGAAGCUCAGUCUGCCGGCUUGACAUUCAUUCGCGUUCCCCUCGGCGCGUCUGACUUUUCGGCCAGCGACUACAGCUAUGACGACUCUUCUGGGGACACCUCGCUCAACAGUUUCAGCGUCGACAACGCGCCAUCGUACCUCUUCUCGACGUUAACGGACAUCAAGGCGAAGAACCCGGGUAUUCGGAUCAUUUUGACGCCUUGGAGCCCGCCGGGGUGGAUGAAGGGCAGUGGAACGAUGAAUGGCGGAAGUUUGACGACGAGCUUGGUUAGCACUUACGCGAACUACCUCCUCAAGGCCGUCCAGGGUUUCACGAGCAAAGGAUUAACGCUUUAUGCUAUCUCCAUCCAAAACGAACCUGAGAAUAGUAACGAUACGUAUCCGACCUGUACGAUGCCUGUGUCCGUGAUGGCCCAGAUCGGGACGGCGCUGAGGACGUUGUUGAACAAUAACGGGCUGAGCUACGUUAAGAUCAUAGGAUAUGACCAUAACUGGGACGAUGCUGCGGGGUACCCCGUCCAAUUGAUGCAACAAGCAGGAGACGCAUUCGCCGGUGUCGCCUUCCAUUGUUAUGCAGGCACGGUUGACGAGCAGGACGAUUUCCAUACACAGUAUCCAACCAAGGAGAUCUACUUCACGGAAUGCGCGAGCGAGUUUGACAGUGACUGGUGGAGCAACAUCAAGUGGUUCAUGGACAACCUCUGGAUCGGCGCCAUCGAACAUAACUCGCACUCUGGCCUUAUGUGGAACCUCGCCCUAGACGGCUCUGGUGACCCGAAGCUCCCUGGGACUAACUCGUGCGGUGGACCUGGGUGUAGGGGCAUUGUGACGAUCAAUUCGGAUGGGAGCUAUGAGCUGAACGAAGAGUAUUAUAGUAUGGCGCAGGCGUCGAGGGCGAUCUUACCUAGGGACUCUGGAGGUCCGUGGGGGAAGCGCAUCGGGGUCACUGUUGGUGGGACAUUGAACUGGGCUUUGAGAGUCGGAGCAUAUGUGACGGGCCGCGUGUCAUCGACGGAUUGGGAGAGAUAUUCGCUUGUUGUGAUGAAUUGGGAUGACAGCGCGUCGACGACUUGGAACCCUGUACCUGUGACAGCGACGAUUGAGUUCCGCGAUACUCAGGCCACAUUCACAUUCCCCGUCGGCGUGACCACACUCUGGUGGUACGCCCCCGUGACCUCCGCUAGCGCCAACGCCAACUCCGACUCUGACUUCGAAGCGAACAGCCAAGCGUUCAACGGAACGUUCUGGGCGGAACAUGACGGGCAGGAGUCCAUGGGGAGGUUUCAGCGGGACCGGGAUUAGGCCUUGAGUGCAAGUCGGAUGAGAGGAGACGAUGCUGAUGAUCUCGUUGGCGGAUGGCGGUCAGCAAUGAUAUGAUGCUCUGGGGUUUUGGUUCUAUAUUCUUGCUGUCUUUCUUUGAGUUUUCAUGCUGGGAAAGUUGUACGAUAUUGUGAUCAUGAGGUGGUCCGGUUGUAGGAAGGAAGGAAGGAGGUGGGUUGAUCCCAGCAAUAGGCACGGAAUGGGAACGGCUCGUCCGUUGAGCUCUCCUUUUUGUUUGGUCUUUGUUUGGUACUACUUUGAAUUGUUGUUGUGUUUUUGGUUCUUGCGUUGCAUUGCCAGUGCAUUAUUCACGAGUUACGAAUCACGAUGCCAUAACGUUUACGGUUGUAUAUAAUAUAUCAUGGGCGUUUACGAG